AUGGCUCCUGCACCGACGGGCUUCCAGGCGCGCAUCCUGCAUCCGCUGAUUGCAUGGAUCCAGGCGACGCCCGUGUACAUUCUCCUGGCGCUCCUCGUCACCCUCAUCCUCGUCGGGCUGCUGUCGCUCUUUGUCCUGCUACACCUCGUCGCGCCCAAGCCCCGCGCACCGUUCCCCUCGGAAAAGACAUACAUCACCAGCGCUCCGAAUGGCGCGCCGACGGCGCCCCGUCCGCUGCCUUGCUGGUACGACCGCUGGUUCGCUGAGCGGCGCCUGAGCAAGACACGGAGCGCUAGCGCCAGCGCCGACGCCGACCCGACCGCGAUCCCCGACACCGGCGCCAUCGAACCGGCCGAGCUCCUCCUCAGCGUCGUGCUCCCCGCGUACAAUGAAGAGGACCGCAUCCUGCCGACGCUCGAGGAGGCCGUCGCGUACCUCGACGAGCACGUCGGCCGCCCCGGCGGCAAGACUUCCGCUGAUACCAGCUCCAGGAAGGCCCCGCGCCCGCACCGCCACGCGGCGUCGCGACCUGCAAGCAGCCGCCCGGAAUCGGGCUAUGAGAUUCUUGUCGUCAACGACGGCAGCCGGGACAAGACGGUCGACGUGGCGCUGCGUUUCGCGCGCGACAGGGGGCUGCACGACGUGCUGCGCGUCGUCAGCCUGGAGCGCAACCGCGGCAAGGGCGGCGGCGUGACGCACGGCCUGCGCCACGUCCGCGGCCACUACGUGCUGUUCGCCGACGCCGACGGCGCGUCGCGCUUCAGCGACGUCGCAAAGCUGAUGGAGGGCUGCGAGGAGGUGGUUGAUGCCUCGGGCCGGGGCGUGGCGAUUGGCAGCCGCGCGCACCUGGUUGGCAGCGAAGCAGUAGUCAAGCGCUCUGCCCUGCGCAACUUUCUGAUGCGCUCGUUCCACCUCGUCCUCACCAUCCUCACGCCGCCCGCGACGUCGCGCAUCCGCGACACGCAGUGCGGCUUCAAGCUCUUCACACGUGCCGCCCUGCCGCACAUCGUGCCGUACAUGCACGCCGAGGGCUGGAUCUUCGACAUUGAGAUGCUCAUGCUCGCCGAGUCGGCGCCCGCCGCGCCGCUGCUGGGUUCCGACGGCGCCGUCAUCGGCACUAGCCCGGGCAUCAAGGUCGCCGAGGUGCCCGUCGCCUGGCACGAGGUCGGCGGCAGCAAGCUCAACGUCGUCCAGGACAGCGUCAAGAUGGCCGUCGGCCUGGCGGUGCUGCGCGCGAGCUGGAUGCUGGGCGUGUACAGGCGGCGACUGACGUAG